ACAGUUUUUUGUUUUCGUUACUAUCGCCGUGUCAUUCCUUCGAAAUAGAUUCUCCGACGCAGCUGGCUUUGGGGCUGAAAGCGAUCGUAUCACCGACCUCUUGGGACCUCACACUGAGUUCCCAGGCGAGGAGGGACCUGGAGGGACCCACGGGUGGGAAUGUGCCCGAACUCAGAUAAACGACAGGUUUGAGGCUGUAGCAAGGUCCUAUAUAAACGCUCGCGUUCCGUUCAUGAAUUCCAGUCGGCGAGAGCCGUUCCCUUCGAAGGAGCUGCUCGUCACGAAGACUGGCGAAGAUCAACGAAGCGCCGAAAGACGCGCCCCGUUUAUCCUCCCGAAUCGUCGGGCGAUAAGCCCUGAAUAAAAAGCAGCGAUAAACCAUAGGCGAAACUCCUCCAACCCGGAGAAACAACUCGACGUUCGUCUCAGCGAUGCAUGGACGUCAAGAUGAAGACAUACUAGAUAAACGCAUCUACAAAACAUGUCAAGAAAACGGGGAAUCGGCGCGAGUCAAUCGACGUGAAGGCUGUGUUACGGGUGGCAUCAAAAUUAUUGUGCGCGACUGCAUCGCCGAAUGGCUCAUGGGCAACGGAUGACGAAGAAACGCGCGACGACGUGCCGCAGUGCGUAAACAUCUACGUUGAGUAUUCCACGCAAAUAAGAAUUUUAAAAGGCGAAAACCAGGCAAGAUGACCCCCGGCAUGAAGGAGUUACCAGACUUCAUGGGCCUCUUCAACGAGCUCAUCCGCAGUCCAUAUCUUCUGAUAUCAUUGCUCUCCUUGCUGAUCUACGUGUACUUCACGAGGACCUUCGACUUCUGGAGCUCGCGAUCCGUGUCCUGUAGGAAGCCGACCGUCUUCUUCGGGAACUAUGCAUCCGUCCUGCUCUUCAGGAAGUCGAUAUCGGAGUGCAUCCAAGAGAUGUACUCCUGGUUCCCGGAGGAACGGUUCUUCGGGGUGUACAAGGUGCGCUCACCGGUCCUGGUGUUGAGAGACCCUGAGUUGGUGAAGGCGGUGUGCUCGAAGGACUUCUUCGUGUUUUCCAACCGAGGGAUCCCGGUGAACAAUUCGCAGGACCCUCUAGCAGGGCACCUCUUCAACCUGGAAGGCAAAAGGUGGAAAGGACUGCGGUCCAAGCUGACCCCAGCCUUCUCUUCAGGAAAGAUCAAGAGGAUGUUUUACCUCUUAGCCGAGUGCUCCGAGGAGUUCCAGGGUCUGAUUCGCUCGUCUUCAGGAUCGGUCGAGGUGCGCGACCUGGCCGCUAAGUUCACCAUCGACGUCAUCGGGUCCUGUGCUUUCGGUAUACAAAUCGGAGCACUAGCUAACGAGGACUCCGAGUUCCGCAGGAUGGCCAGGAAGCUCUCCUCCCCAGGGUACAAGGCCACCUUAUGGAGGACCCUGAGGACCGCCCUUCCCGGACUCUACAAGCUCCUGGGCGUGCAGGUGAUCGACCCUGAAGUCACUAGGUUCUUCAAGGACGUCGUCUCGCAGAUGAUCCACCAGAGGACGAACACCGAGGUCAAGAGACACGACUUCAUGGAUCUUCUGAUAGAGCUGAAGAACAAGGGCAGCCUGGAGGGCGACGCCACCAACGGGGCAGCCUUGAACGACGAGGACGCCCAGGCUGCGAAAGAAAUCGAGCUCGACGAGAAUGCCAUGGCAGCCCAGGCCUUCGUGUUCUUCACGGCGGGCUAUGAGACGUCCUCGACGACGAUUUCCUUUUGCCUAUACGAGCUGGCCCUGGAUGCUGAAGUACAAGACAGAACUCGGCAGGACAUCCUAUCCGCACUGGAGAAGACAGAAGGAAAACUGACCUACGACGCCGUGCAGGAGAUGAAAUAUCUCGACAUGGUUGUCCUCGAGACCCUGAGGAAGUACCCCCCGGGUCCCCUUUUAUCGAGGCGGUGCGAGCAGCCCUAUAAAAUCCCAGGGACGAAGGUCGAGUUGCCGACAGGGAUGCGAGUCGUUAUCCCGAUUUAUGGACUGCACCAUGAUCCAGAUCAUUAUCCAGAACCCGAGAGAUUCGUGCCCGAGAGGUUCUCCGAGGAGAAUCGACGAUCUCGGCAUCCGUACACGUUCCUCGCUUUCGGAGAGGGUCCUCGCAGCUGCAUAGGAAUGCGGUUCGCGUUGCUGCAGACGAAGGUGGGGAUCAUCUCGUUCCUGCGAGGCCAUCGGGUGGAGAUUUGCGAUAAGUCUCCGAUCCCUAUGAAAUUCAGCAGCCGAAGUCUCGUCACCACCAGUGAGAAGGGAUUUUGGCUCAGUGUCAUUCCUUUGCCGUGAAUAAUGGAAAGGGUUAGGCUUGUACUGAUACUUCAUUUGUAGAGUUAAAGAAACGUCUUUCAGUUCUCCCUCACGCUACUUAAUUUAUUACUUAAUCGAUUCACUGCGCAAUUUAUGUAAUGAAUCUCUGACUUGCGUAAGCACUUAUUAAUCGGCGUUUGUACUGUUAAUCGAAGUGAUUAAACCCAUUGACAACUCGA